AUGGCGACCAGCACGACCACCAUUGCUAGCAGUGCGCGUGGAUCGCCCGCGCCAUCGCUGCAGCAGGGCGAACAGGAACAGGGCCAGGACAUGCCAAGAACGCUCAGCAGAGCCGAGACGGACGUCUUGCGGCGCUGCUUAGCCUUCUUGGGCUUCCGCCUCCUGAUCAUUGAGGCAACAAGGAAUGCGUUGACCAGGGAUGAGAAGAGAGCUUUGGCCAGCAAAGAGAGCGCUGUCUCGCUGGAAGAUGUCAUUCGCGAUGCAUCGGAAUCGGACGAGGCCUUUGCUGCCCGCUACCCUGAGGGCGUCAAUUUCAAGUGGGUGGACCUCCAGCAGCAGUUUAAGCGCAUUCCGUAUCGCGUUCAUGAGGUCGCUGAAAUGCUCCCGGAUGAUCUGAAACGGAAGCUUGAGGCAGCCAUCAGCAGCUUUGAUGAAGCGACUGUUGAGGCCGCGUUGAGGAGGGUUGGUGCCAUGUGUGCAGCCCCAACGAUUGACAGCAACCUCAAGCAGCAGCGCGCAGACCUGUGGCGGCCGCUUGCGCCAAGCGAAGUGGGAAAGAUUGCCAGAAGCUUGGCGACACCGCGCAGCCAGGCUUCGACCUCAUCGGCCCGGUCUUGGAGCCGCAAGUCAGCAACCAUGGCUGAGAAGAGGACGAUUGUCAUGAACGACCGGAUGUUUGGCGAAGUGGAUGCACGCGUGUUCCGUGCCACGAAGAGGAUCAAGGACGAGUUGACCGCCAGCGUCGCCUCCUGCACCAAAACAUUGCCCAAGCUGAAUUUGAAGUACGAAAGCCUCUUCCUGAUGGAAUUCAGCCACUACCUGCAGCGCUACUGCGGUCAGCGCGAGUGGACACGCACUCUGCACUUCUUCACGCAGGCGCCAUUCAAAGACAAUCCGGCUUAUGCCGUGGACCUGUGCGUGACCAAUGGCAGCGGAGACCCUUAUGUCUUCAACCUCAUCUUCGAGUUCAAGAGCAGUGGCCUCCCGCUUGACGAAGUGGAGGCCAUGGCGCAGCUGGACGAAUACGCGUCACAUGCCACGAAGGCGCUCCCACGCCGCGCUGUUGGGCUGCCCUUCCCCUUUGGCAUCACUGUCACUGGCGACACCGUCAAUGUCUUCGCAUAUGUCUUGACCCGCGACCACCAGGAUCUGGAAAAGAUUUAUCGCAUCCCGCUUCUCAAAGACGCGGAGAUUGAGAUCAUGCCGGCCAUCCUCGACGUCCUGCUGAGCAAGGAGCGCAUCGCCUAUUUCCAGGCCCUGUCCCGCCACAUGGACGGCAAGAGCUCCGACAACGCCAGCGACACCAGCGACGCCGGCGACGCCACGCAUCAGCUGGCACUGCUGCACCUGGGCGAUGGCGAUGGCGAUGGCGCUGGUGAUGGCGAUGGCGAUGGCGACACCAGCGACGCCGGCGACGCCACGCAUCAGCUGGCACUGCUGCACCUGGGCGAUGGCGAUGGCGAUGGCGCUGGUGAUGGCGAUGGCGAUGGCGAUGGCGGUAGUGGUGGCGCGGACGCGUAUGCGUGCCCACCGCUGUACGGCGUUGCGAGGAAGGACUGGCCGUGCGAGGAGAGCGCUCUAGCCGAGCACCGUCUGUUCGUCACCAGAUUCUACGCGCCGCAGCCCAACGUGCGCAUCUUCAACAGCCGCGUGCUCAAGGAGGUGCCAGAACGCGACGCAGACAACAUCCUGAACGCCUGGGAGAUUGCCCAUCCGAGCCUCAACGUCGUGCGCGUCGGCCCCAUGCCCCAGGGCCAGUGCGUGCUCGAUGCCCCUUACCUUGGCAAGACGUGGGUGGACCAGCGGCCAACGCGGAUUGAGCAGAUUGACGAGCCUGUGGAACAGCUGCUGCGCCUGCUGCGCAAAGGGCUGUGCCACACGGACACGCGGUGUGAGAACCUGACGAUUGGUCCGGGUGGGCGUUGCAGCUUCAUCGACUUCGACAUGACCCAGGACCUGGGCACGGAUCUGCCCUCCGACCUCGUCACGGACUACCUGGAGAGGCCAGCGCGCGUGUUUGUUCAUGGGUCCUUCGGAAAGAGGGAGGAGGGUGAUGAUUUCGAGUCCCUGAUGUUCUCAUGGGCACGAGCACGCUUCACGGGCGCAAGCAUGUUUAGUGGCCGAGAGUUUGCUCAGCAGGUUUUCUGUGCGCGGGAGCGUGUUGUUGAGCUGCUGACGAAGGAGCGGGGCCGGCUGUUGGCGGAGGGGGCCGACGACGCGAUUGUGCACCGUGUCGACGCCGCCAUCCACAGGUGCGAGAGGGCCACCCUGUUUGCCUGA